GACCUUGCGGAGGCCGCGUCUCUGCUGCGUGCCUGCCGGCUGGUCGGGCCACCCUGUAGGAAUCACAGCCCUGAAAUCAGAGGACGACUGCUGCUGGCUGCAGCUCGCUGGACACCUCCAUCCCGCCUCCCGGCAGAGACUUCUCUUCCUUGAGGUCCCUUAGCGCAGCAGAUUAAAGUCCCCAGAUUCAGGAGCACCUAGAACCGGGGGCCACCUUCUUGGAUGGAGCGCCACUGCUCCAGUUUCAGGGACACCUUGGGGAGUGGCCUUGGCUGAGAAGGAAACAAGCCAUUGAGGCUGCCUGACCGUCGAGGGGAGCCACAUCUGCCGUCAGUAGGACAGCACCCACAAGCAGCCUGUUCUGAGCCUGAGCAAACUCUGGCUCUGAGGAGUUCUAAAAGUCUAAGUAGUGCCAGGAAGUGGCCCCAGAAUCGGGGGGUCGUCGUACACCUCAGUCAUGUUCCUGCGACGACUUGGUGGCUGGCUACCACACCCCUGGGGCCGCCGGAAACCAGUGAAGCCAGACCCACGGGCCCCAGAACCUAGUCGGGUGGACAGUUCCCCUGAGAACUCAGGGAGUGACUGGGACAGUGCCCCUGAAACCAUGGGAGAUGUGGGGCCUCUUAAGACCAAGGACUCAGGGGCAUCACAGAACUCUGGGGCUACUCCAGAACCGAGGGGACUGCAAGUCGAACAUCUGGGGAGCAAAACAAGGGGCUCCCCCAAGGGGGCCCAGGCUGCCUCUAGCCCUCAAGAAUCUGGGAGACUGGAGGCUGAAGAGGCUGUUCCCAAACUGGGAUGGGAUCACGUGGAUUCAGGUGGCAUCCGGAGACCUGGGGUGUCCCCUGAAGAGGGACUGAGCACUCGUGGGCCUGAAGUGGAGAAACCGGGCCGGCGCCAGAAGCUGUUGAGCUGGCUGCGGGGGGAACCUGGCGCUUCUCCUAGGUACCUGGGAGGCCCGGAGGAGUGUCUGCAGAUCUCCACCAACCUGACCCUGCACCUGCUGGAGCUGCUGGCCUCAGCCCUGCUGGCGCUGUGCUCACGGCCACUGCGAGCAGCCUUGGAUGCCCUGGGCCUGCGAGGACCACUGGGCCUGUGGCUGCACGGGCUGCUGUCCUUCCUGGCUGCCCUGCACGGGCUCCAUGCGGUGCUGAGCCUACUUACUGCCCACCCCCUGCAUUUCGCCUGCCUCUUUGGCCUCCUGCAGGCCCUGGUGCUGGCCGUCAGCCUCCGGGAGCACGAUGGUGACGAGGAGGCCACUGACUGGGAGGGCGAGGGGCUGGGAAGGGAGGGUGAGGAGCAGAGGGGAGGUCCAGGGCAGGGGCUGUGACUGUGGCGUGGGGUGGGGGCAAAGGGAGUAGACAGUGUGGCCUUUAGGAGGAGAGUGGAGGGCAUGAUCCAGAUUGUAAGCACAGGAACCUCAGGGACAGGGAACAACCCUCAGAGAUGAGGGGGUAGGAAGAACAUACAGGAGGAGGAAGAGCAGUUUAGGGUGUCUGUGUUUGUGAGCAGUGAGGGUAUCCACCUUGGAUUCACCAGCUAUUGCUACUUUCUGUUUUUACAUUUCUCCCACCUCUAGUUUUUGUGUUUGUUUUUGUUUUCCACCUCCACUUAAAAAAAAAAAAAAAGUGUGAUGGUGCGGAGAAUAAAGACCAAACGGUCCUCUCUACCUUUCAGAACUCCCCAGGGCAGAAGAGGGCAGAAGCAGGUAGACAGCCUGCCAGUCAGAAGGUGGCUGGGAGACCCGAGGGAUUCCUUGGGUCCUGGGAUCCUGGGAUCGGAGCUAUCUAGGAACGAGUAGGGCUGCUAGGCAGGUGGAUUCGAGGGUCUGCAUGGAAGCCCAGAGGUUGGCAGGGAGCACGCAGGGAGGAUCUGGGCUUGUGGAGUGAGGGCGUGGGGACAGUGUGGGCAGUAUUGGGAGGGGGUCAGCUCAGAAGGGCUGGCAGCUCACACGGCAGUGUGGGAAGCACUGGAGCUUAUAGUCCCCACUCAGGGGCCUGGGGUUUGCUCACUCAGCAAUAAAUAACUGUGUCACACCGAAUUCUAAAUAUACCACUACAAAGAGA